AAUGAAGGUCCCAACCCCAUUGAUUAAAGCAAGACAUUCCACAAAUGAACAAUUAUCAGGCAUACAUGUGAAGUGAAAACAAUUUCAGGUGAGUCAGUUGAACUAGUCGAGAGAAUACAGUGCAAAGGGUGGCUACUUUGAAGAAAUGUAUACAUUCAGUUUUGUUACCUUCAGUAAGAAUCUUCAUGGUAAAAUAGUCAUGAAAAAAAUUUUUUCGCCUGUUCUGUACAAAAAAUUGAGUGGGGGGGGGAUAAAAUAAAAAUUGCAAUGUAUUAUAGCUAACAUUGAAUAUAUUCGCAUAAACUGUUAUUUGAUGAUUACUUAACACCUUAUUCAUAUUCGCUAUUCCCAUUUUAAAUGCAUUUGCUAUGCUCAUUAAAAAAAAACGUUUUAACCCCCAGAAAAUAUAUUUCAGAUGACUUAAGUAAAAUAUGUUAACAGUGUUAGAUAACGUGGAAUGUUUCAUAUUGACACGUAGUUUCUCAAGAAGUGCAGCUUUCCCACCACGCCAAAUGAGGGCAAUGUAGGUACCAUGACGCAGAGCCGUAUGCCACGGCGGAGAGACAAAAGAAGUUACUCAUUGCUGUGAUUGGUUGAAAUCUUGAAGCACAGUAUUUGGCGUUAAAUUUAAACUCGAAUGAAAAUGAUUUUAGCGUGACAGGGAUCGUCUUGAAAGCUCAUGUUGUGUCGGGCUGUAAUCACUUGAAGAGAAGAAUCUGCCAUUACAUCCUUCUUGUCUUGGCAUUUCAAGGCUGUGUGGACGUUUCAAAAAAAAAGUUCAUUAUGGCUGAUUUGACAAUGGGCUGUUCUUCACCUUUUGUUGAAAAUCCAGAGAGAGAAAAAGUGAGAGGAAACCUAUCCACGGAACGAAAAACACUGAAGAAAAAGCAGUAUUUGUAUGAGGAAUUCUUUCCAGAUAUUACCCUCCUGGAGCUCACAUAUGACCAGACUAUGAAUGAUUUAUCCAUACUUAAUAGUACGCAAGCAUUACCUUUGGCUGCAAGGACCACUCUGACCCCAAGGAUAGAGGUAAACAAAACAAACUUCAGCCAACCUCGCAACUUGGAUAAACAUGCGUCUAUCUCUUGGUUGGAUGAUGAGUGCUUACCGGAAAUGACUGCUAGCUUGCUUGAUUCAUCUGAAAAUAUAACUACUACUAACAAUCAAUUAAGCAACACCUCACUGAUGGCAACGACUGAAUCUAAUUUAAAGCAUGUUGCAAAUUUGACUCUUGAUGAGACUGACAAAAUGUCCACAUGUUCUACUUCAACUGCAUCCCAAAUGACCCGCCCCCAAAAUGAAGAACAGGAUCUGCCCACAUGGAAUGAUGAAGGUCCUGCUUUGGAGGACAAACCUCAAGAACAGGAUAGCUUGCCCUUUGAGAAUACAGCUGAGGUGAAAACCAAUGUGACAAAUGCUCACAACAUCACCAUUUCGCAGUUGGACAAAACUAGCUUAACUGACGCUCACCACAGCACCUUUGAUACUAAACUUUACCCUCAGUCCACCGAAACAACACUGGAAAACACUUUUAGUGUUAGUCUCCAUCGGUCCAACAGCUCUUUGUCCAUGUCACAACAAAGCUCCAAUGACAACCACCACAACACAUUUGAUGCAAAAGCUCCUUGUCGGUGUAUGAAAACAUGUUGUUGUGACGCUCACUACAACACAUUUGAGGCUAAAAGUUCCUCUUCUUCCAGUGGUGCAGUGACAAUAUCAGAAAACAGUUCAAGUAACCAUCACCACAAUAUCUUUAAUGCAAAUCCUCCCUCCGAUACUAUUUUAUCCAAGUCGGACUGCUAUGAGAGUCACGACAAAAGCAGUGACGCUGUACCGCCCUGUAAGUUAAAUGGAACAAUACCUUUGUCGAAAAACAUUUCUUGUGACAGUCACCACAACACGUCUUUGCCCAGUGGAACUCUAAAAUCGGGAAGCAGUUCAAGUAACCCUAACAACAAUACCUUCGAUGCAAAUACUCCCUCCAGUAGUGCUUCAUCGAUUUCAGAAAACCACUCCAACAACAGUCACCAUUGUAAAGGUGACUGUGACCAGAAAGCAGUCGGCACAAAAUCUGCCGAGUCCAACGGUUCACUGAACAUAUCGGAAAGCCAUUUAUCUGACAACCACCACAACACAUUUGACGCCAACCCUCCUCAAUCCAGUGAAGACAUAAACAAGUUGGAAAGCCAAUCAAAUAAAUGUCCUCAAAUCGACAUGUGUGCUGAACUGCUUAAGUCCAAUGACACAAAAAUAAAGUCAGAAAGCAGUUUUAGUGACGGUCAUCAACACUCCUCCGAAACAAUACAUUCUAAGCCCAAUGGCACAAUAGUCAUGUCUGAAAGCCAGUCAAGUGAGCCUAACCACAAUUCUUUUGAUGUGGAGCCUCCUAAGCCUGAUGGUUCAAUGACCAUGGCAGCAAGUCAAAGUGAUUUUCACAAAGAUAACCUUGACGUAAAAGUUUGUAAGUCCAAUGGCACAAUACCAAUGUCAGAAACCAUUUCUGUUGAUAGUCAUUCCAACGACUUUUCCAUUAAUACAAAGACUGUUGAGCCCCUUCAAGGCACGUUGGAAGCAGAUCGCAACGAAGCGUCUGCAUCCGAGGCUGUUCAGUGUGAACCCAAGGAUGCUUUGCAAUCACUGACUUGUGAUCAAAGCACUCAUACUGAUGACAAAAGCAACGCUUUUAAUCUUGAUGAGACCAUUGAUAUGAAGAGCAUGAAGGACCCUGUCAUCACAUCAACACCUUUAGGUUCUGGUAAAAUGGACAAUUUUGCCGCCAGGCUGGAUGAGAACAAAUUGCUGGCAGCUCAUGAGAAAUGUGAUGAAGUUGAUGCUAAUAAGGCAGAACCAGAAGUUCAGGCACUGCUCGCCAUUCCAUCUAACAUCUCUACUCAAAAGAUAUUGUCUGAACCAGCUACUAAACCAUCGCUGCCUCGCUUGAAAGCUUCAUUGCUGCGGCCAAGGUUCAAGCAGACAGCGUUGGUACCAGGACGAGGCGAGGUGGCGGCAACAGCAAUCCCUAUGAUGAGACGCAAUUUGCAGAUUCGCACACCUACCGAGGGUUCAACAGUGUCCACCUCAUACAACCUGCGACCCUUAAACACAGCAACCAGGCUGCCAAAGUGUGGAAUGGAGAGGCCACAGCUAAGAGGAAGACCGCCAUUUCUGGGAGGAGGCACAACACUGGGAAGCAACGCUCCUGCUUUCUCAACAUCUAAUGAAACAUCAUCUAAUACUGCUGUCAACACUCACCAGAGAAGGAUGCGUGACCCAAGUAGAGAUGCACAAUCUGUAGUGAAGAGGCCAAAGAUGGAUGUCCCAACAUCAUCCAGGCCCGCUGUACUUGAUGCUAACGGUGCUGUCACUAAAAGUAAAAGCCUAAAGUUUCCUGUGCAACGUCAAGGAACUCAGCUGGCUAAAGGGCCAGCAAAACAAGCAAUCCCAGCGGAGAGACAGGAUGAAGACGAAGCUUUUUUAAUGAGUUUGCUUCCUCGCAUAAAAAAAAUUAAACAAGACAAGAAGCAUCUUUUGAGAAGCCGGUUGCUCAAAGCAUUGAGUGAUACAGAGAAAUAAUUUGAAGUAUUAUCUGCUUUUACGAUAUUGUCUGCUACCCUGAAUAAAGUUUUU